AUGUGUUGUAAUUAUUUGUUUCUAUUACUUUUUAUCGGUUUAUCAUAUGGUGAUCAAUGUAAAGUAAACAAUCGAACUGAUUUUUUCCGAUCAAAAUCAGGUUCAUGUGUAUCAUGUUUAUCUCAUUGUAAUUAUCAAACAAAUGUAUGUUUAUAUCCUAAUCAAUUACGUGGUAUUUGUUCAUCGAUGUAUUAUGCUCGAAAUAUUCGAGAAUGUCAACAACAGUUGACACCUGAUAUUGUUCAUUCAUUUUUACGUUCGAAUCAAUCGAAUUUAUUUGAUCAUGAUAAAAAUAAUGAUGAACCGGUGUGUUUAUUUUGUGGAAAUUUUACUCGUGGUCAUCGAUGUGAGUAUUGUCGACAGCGACCGAAUGGAAAACAACUAUCACAUUUAAUUGAACUAAAAUCACAAAUAGCAACUUGUUUUGAAUGUUCAUGUUCUGGACAAACAUACGAUUGUCGUACAAAUAUAACCGAUGGUUGUUGGUGUCUUUCACAUUUAUUAGAUUCAAAUUUAGUUGAUGUCAAUCUAUAUCAUUGUCUUUCAAAUCGUACAUAUAUUCAUGAUCAAGAACAUGGUCAAUGUCGUUCAAGAAUUCAUCAACAAUGUAAUACAUGUAAACGUGGUUAUAAUGGUGUUACAUCUGAUCGUGGUCAUCGAUGUUAUAAAGUAUUAACAACUGAUACAAUUCAAUGUUUUGAAUAUGGAAAUACUUUAAAAUCAUGUUCAAAUGGUAAUGAAAUUAUUAAAAGUGAAGAUAAUGGAACAAUAUUAUUUGAAAUAACACCAAGUUAUCGAAAUUUAAACAUUCGUGUUUUAAUUGGAAUUGAAAAUGGUUUUGUUGAUGUCAUAUGUUCAAUACGAAAUGCAAAUUUUCUUGUAUUAAAUGAUCAUCGAGUUUAUUAUGAACAUCAAUCAUUAACUGAUAUUGAACCAAUUAUUCGAGAUUAUGAUUUAACAUAUGAAGAUUUAAAUUUCGGACUUCUUUAUUCUGAUCCAUCUGAUAUAAUUAUUCUUCGAAAUUUAUCAUCUCGUCAUCGUUUAACAUUAUUAAUAUCUCCAGCAAAUAUUGAUUUUACACAAGAUAAUCUUCGUUGUUUAUUAGUUGAUCAACCAUUAUCACGUAUACGUUCAUCCGAUCUUUUUGAUCCAAUACAUCAAUCUAUAUCAUUUUCACUUUCGGAUUAUCGAGCAAUACAUUUAACAACAGGUUCAUUAUAUUCAUCAAUAAAAACUCAUGGUUUUAUUAAAAUUUAUCAAUCAAGAAUGAAUAUAGAUUUAUUCGUAUUUUUCAGUGUUUUCUUUUCUUCAUUUUUUCUUUUUCUUUCUAUUGGAAUUUGUUUUUGGAAAGUUAAAUUUGCCUAUGAAAUUCAUCGUCGACGACGAACACUUAAACAUGAAUAUCAUAAACGUAUGGCAAGACCAUUUGCUAAAAUUCAAUUAUUUAUUAAACCAUCAACAAUAAUAUCAAAUGAUGAAGAAAAUUUUCAACAGUUAUCUUCUCCAGUUGUAUCAUCAUCUGUUGAUAUUCCAUUACUUCUUCCAUCAACACGUACAGAUAUUGAUUAUUCACCACAUGUUGUAUCUGUUGAACCACUUCGUGAUCAAAAUAAUUGUUAUACAACAUUACUUUUUCAUUUACCUGGAGAUCUUUCUACGCAAUAUCGUCUUUGUGCUGGUACAACACUUGCUCAGCUACCAUCGGAUUAUUCUAAUGCACUUUCAAAUGCACGUAUGGAAGCUGAAUUACAAAAACGUAAUAGAAGACGAAAAAAAUAUAAUGGACAAAAUACUCAUAAACCUAAAGUCAUUGUAAAAAAGACAACAGCAAAUGCUAGACAUCAUCAACAGCAACAACAGCGAAGAAGAAAGCAUCAUCAUCAUCGUCAACAGCAACAACAACAACAACUACUACCACCACCACCACCGCCACCGCCACAGCAACAACAGCCGAGAACAACAGUUGAACCAUAA